AUGACUAUUGCUAAGUUCUAUGAUCCACCUCUACGUAUUCCUCCGAAGAGGAUAGCUUUAGCUUUGGGUAUGAAUGUUUUUGAAGUCGUGGACAAUUGGAAUGUGAAGGGAGCUCUCAAUGGUUUUUCUAGGAAGUUCUUGGAAGAUCAAGCUAAGAAGAUGGAAAAAGAAGACCUCCACUACACUCUCCAUGAUCGUCAUGAGAAGAAGGAAGGAACCAUCUUAUGUUGUGCGCAGCUGUUGCAUGCCUGGUUUAGAUCUCAUAUGCUAGAAGAUGGCCCUUUUGUCUCAAAGGAACUCAAGCCCUCCCAGAAGUUAGCUUCCCUCACUUCCAAUCAUGUUAAGUGGUAUAUCAGGGAUUGGGAGACCAAGGACGUUAUUGUCAGCAUUGGAGACUUCCCCAAUGUACCUUUGGUAGGAACCAGGGGUUGCAUCAACUAUAACCCCGUGUUAUCUUUGAGGCAGCAUUGUUACCCUAUGAAUGGCCCCCCAAAAGCUGAAGCUUUAGAGCCUUUCAUCUUACACAGUGCUGAAGCAGAUCAUCCCAUGGUGAAAAAGAUCAAGAGGUCUUGGCAAGCAGUUAUCAGAAAGGGUAAGGAGUUGGGUAAGAGAAAUGUCAUUGCGCAAGAGCCUUAUACUUGUUGGGUUAGAGAGAGGGUUCAGAUGGUUAAACUCCCUUUUCCAUUUGAUCCUUCUAUCUAUCCGUCGGUUCCUGAGCAAGAACCCAUAUUACCUGAAGACGUAGAGAAACUCAAUGCCUGUAUCAAGGAGUUGGAGUUGGAGAAUGCUGACUUAAGAAUUAAGCUCGGCCGAGUCUCGAUAGAGAAUGGGAAUUUGAAAGACGGUCAACAAAAGAAGGACAAAGAGCUUGAAAUCUCCAACAAAAGAGCUAGGGAGUCUGAAGCAAGGAGAGAAAAGUUCGGACAAGCGCUUUACAACACUAAAUCUGUGUUCAAGUCAAAGGAGGAGGAGUUGGAUAGAGCUUUACUCUGGAUUCAAAAACUCAACAAGACUCUGGAAUUGACCCUUGAAAUGAAAAGGGAAGCACGACUGAUUUCUAAGAUUCGUACUCGUGAACUGGAGAAUACCAUUCAGAAAUACAAGGAUACUCUGGAACGCGAGAAGCUGAGGACUGAAGAGUCAGAAAGAGUUUGCACACGGCUGAAAUAUCAGUUGGAACAAGCCGAUGCUAGAAUCUAG